AUGGCAAGGGGAGCUUCUUGGCAUCAUUACCAAAAAAGCUUUGGGGCAUGGAUGUCGGCAGCCAAAGCGAACACCUCGACCUUCCUACAUACCUUGUCAUGCUUCUACGUCUUCAGCCGCUACGGUCUCUUUGUGUCAAAAGUUACCGGCCCCUCCAUGCGGCCUACCUUCGGGGGCCAAGGGGACUACGUGGUUGCGGAGGCGGUGACGCCGAUGUGGGGCGACCUUAAGCCCGCGUCCACCUAUGUCAAUACCAUCACCACCGCUGCCUCCUUCCCCCGAAGCACCCAGCUUGAGGCCCCGCUCCUCUUGAUCUCCCCCAUCCUAGGAGACAUCGUGAUUUGCGCCCGGCCCGUGGACCCAGCGGAGUCCAUCAUCAAGCGCGUGGUGGCGCUGGAGGGGGACGAGGUGGUGCUGUAUCCUGAUCGGGAGAGCAGCGAGGUCCGGAGGGUGAAGGUACCCCCGGGGCACGUGUGGAUUCAGGGCGACAAUCUGACGCAGUCGUUGGAUUCCCGGCAGUACGGCGCCGUACCGAGGGCCAUGGUGCGAGGCCGAGUAAUCUUUCAGGGCUUCCUUUUGUGCUGGCAGAUAUAA